CGAAAAUUUAAAAAUAUUCUCAGUACAUCUAUUGAUGACUCUGUAAUCUGCAGAAAUCACUAUCUUGAAGAGAUUGGAAAUUUUAUAAAACAACAUGUUGACCAUGGUACUGCCGCCAGUAUGUAUAUUAGUGGUGCUCCUGGUACUGGUAAAACUCUCUGCUUAAAGAAAGUAGCUGCUGACAAUCAGGUUGCCAAAGUUAUAUACCUCAAUUGUAUGACAUUUAAAAAAGCUGAUAAUGUACAUAAUCAAAUAUUAAGUAAAUUACUCGGUAGUGAAACCGUUCUUUCUGCCCGAGCUGCUGUUGAAAAAUUACGCAGAGCAAUAUCGUCCAGUGGUUCAAUGAUAGUAUUAAUUAUAGACGAAAUUGAUCAGCUAGAGUGCAAAGGUCAGGAAGUACUUUAUACUUUAUUCGAACUGCCUUCAAUUCCUCGAUCAAAGUUAAUACUUAUCGGAGUUGCCAACUCUUUAGAUUUGACCGAUAGAUCCUUACCAAGAUUAAAUAAAUUAGAGAAAUAUAAGCCCAAAUUACUUCAUUUUCCUCCCUAUACCAAGGAUGAAAUAGUUUGUAUUUUAGAUAGCAGGAUGUCUAUGGUAAAUGAAAUUUCGAUUGUAAAAUACGAUGAUGUAUAUGCCUUUGAGUAUUGUGCAAGAAAAGUAUCUGCUGUUUCUGGAGAUAUUAGAAAAGCUUUAGAUAUAUGCAGGCGUGCUAUUGAAAUUGUAGAAAAAAGAGCGAAUAGAAAUAACUCAAGUAGGAUAUUCAAUAAUGGUAACAAUCCUGAUGCAACUGUCCGUAUUUCUGAUGUGGCUGGCGUUAUAUCUGAAGUAUAUGGAUCGAGAAUUUUACCUACAAUGAAAACUUCCUCCGAACCCACCAUUCCUUUACAACAAAAGUUAUUGGUUGGAGCAUUGUUAUUAGCUAUUAAAAAGAUUCGAGGAGUUAAAGAAAUCACAAUUGCUAAGUUAUUUGAAUGUUAUAGAAAUUUAUGUAAGAAGAGGCAAAUUCAGACUGUGUAUGAAUCAGAAAUAACAAAUUUAUGCAGCUUGUUGGAAGCUAGAGGAAUAUUAAGACUGAAAAAUAACAAAGAAGUAAGAUUUUCCAAGGUAUGA